AUGACGCAUUCCUCGACGGACACGCUCUCGCCCCAGAAGGACGUUGAAAAGGCGGACAAAGCGGAAGACGCCAGGCAGCAGCCUCCCGUGGAUGUUGACCAACACAAGAUUUCUCCACCUAUUGCCCCCGCUUCGGACCAGGAUUCCUACCUUGUAAAUUUGACACCAGAUGAGGAUCCCAAGACUCUUUCGUUCGCAAGGAAAGUCGUGAUCAUGAUCGUGAUCUGCUGUGGUGCGUUAUGCAGUACCUUCGCAUCGUCUAUAGCCGCAUUUGCGGAGCCAGGCGAAGAGCAGUCGUUUCAUGUUGGCAAAGAAGUCACCAUCCUAGGCGUGAGCUUGUAUGUCUUGGGCAUCGCGUUCGGACCAUUGCUUGUUGGCCCACUCUCAGAAGUCUACGGCCGUAGUCCGAUAUACCGGAUAUCGUACAUGCUCUUCUGGGUGUUCUCUUGGCCUGUUGCAUUCGCCCAGGACAUCGCCGUGUUCCUAAUAUUCCGUUUUCUUACGGGCUUUUGCAGCUCGGCUUUCCUGAGUGUGGCUGGUGGCAGCAUGAGCGACAUUUGGGCCGGGCAUAUGGUUGCAGUGCCGACUGCAAUAUAUACGUUGUCGCCCUUCAUAGGACCGAUGUUGGGUCCACUGGUUAGCGGAUUUAUAAAUCAAAAUACCACCUGGAGGUGGACAUACCGCAUAAUGCUUAUAUGGAUUUUUCUCGAGGUGCUCGCUAUAUUCGCGCUUGUGCCAGAGACAUACGAGCCGGCCCUCCGGAAGCGCAAGGCAAAAAAGCUCAGAAAAGCCACCGGCGACUCACAAUAUUAUGCUCCACUGGACAGGAGGUCUGGUACUUUGGUCAAUCUCAUAGCCGUUAGCUGCUAUCGCCCUUUCGAGCUACUUUUCAUGGAUCGAAUGGUUCUCCUACUCGACCUAUGGACAUCCAUAUUGUUUGGUAUUCUUUAUCUCACUUUCCAGGCGUACCCGUACAUCUAUAUUGUCAACCACGGCUUCGACACGCAGACCACUGGCCUCGCCUUUAUUGGUCUCGGUAUUGGCAUGGUCACGGGCACCACAAUAAACGUCUGCCUUAUUCGUCACACCCACAAGCGAUAUCGUGAUGUUUCACCUCCGCCAGAAGCACGCCUCAUAACUGGACAAGUCGGCGCCGUCGUGGUUCCAGUGAGCCUCUACAUGCUCGCGUUCACGUCCUACCCGCACGUGCACUGGAUCGCGCCCACCAUAGCGACCUCGCUCUUCGGCGUAGGGUUUAUCCUCUGCUUCUCGUCGACGUUCACGUACCUCGUGAGCGCGUACCGUCCGAUGGCAGCCAGCGCAAUGGCCGCGAACGCGUUCACACGGUCGCUAUUUGCGGCCGCGUUCCCGCUGUUCGCUGGGCAGAUGUACACCACCCUGGGCACGGAUGGUGCGACCGCGCUUUUGGCGGGGAUCAUGACACUCGCUGCACCCUUACCUUUCAUUUUCGGCAGGAUCGGUGCCGGCCUCCGUGCACGGUCUCGAUUCGCAGAACACAGCCAAACGUGA